UUGACAUUCAUUGCAAAAAUGGUUGCAGGUGGCAUGUCGUGGAGGGAGGAAUACGCGCAGCUUUUGUCAUUCCUAGACGCAUGUAGCGUCACAUUCCCCGUGCGUACAUUUAAUAACAAUCCAGAAAAGGACUCCACUCCUGUCAGACGCGUUGCUUUUGCCUUGGAAAAUAUGAUAGAUCAAUUGAAGAAACCCUUGGUCCCUUCAACACAGGCACUCGCGCAGUCGCUGGUCUAUAAAUUCAAUGGACCACAUCGCCGUCAAGGAUACUGGAUGAAUUUUAAGAAUUUAUCGCGGUCGCUGCGGAAGUACAACGAGGACGACUUGCUGAAAAGGGUCUCUGACAUCCAUAAGAAAGCAAUGGCAAGUAGCGCGGGAUUUCACAUGCCAUCUAACGAAGUAAUUCGGUACAUUGGCAGCUCUUAUCUGAAACGACUGUUUAGAUUGCAGCAGAUACGUGAUCUCUGCAUAAGGACAUCUCAUGUUAUAAUGGGACAGCUUGAGUUGGGCCAUUGGGAAAAGUUCAGCCUGUUUAUUGUUGCAAUGUGUGCUGACAUAAGCCAUGGAAUCUGCAAACAAGCUUCGGGAAUGAACACAGUCUACGAGAAGAUAUCUGGCCUACUGACUUCUCUUGAUGGAAGGUUUCCCUCUUCCCUGUCUGAACUUUCCGUGUUUUCUGAUCUUUGCGAAAAGAUCAGUGGUCAGAAGACUGUAGAUACGGCCAGAGUGAUGCGACUAUUGCAGAUGGAUGAUGAACAGCUAGAAGCAGCUCGUAGUAAGGAUCAGAUGGCAAUGUUUAGAGACGAGGUGUUAUCAAGUAUAGAUUUGAAGAAUGAUAGUAUCGACCUUGGCACUACUAUAGAAAGGGCUGCUCUGGAAGAUAAAGAGUAUACAACUGACAAUCAAGUGGCAGAAUCUAGGACCGCCUCAACAACUGAUUCUGGCUUAGAAGUCGACUUUGAAGCACCAGUUAUGAGUUCUACAAAAGAAUCAACAACUGUCAGUGGUAAGAAGCACAAGAAAAGGUUAAGGAAAAGAAAGAGGAAGGAAAAGGAGAUGGUGGAUCAUCUACCCCUCGAAUGCUCGUCUUCCACAGUGUUUGAAAAUUCCGACGAUGAUAUAGUCAAAGAUGUAGAAAACCUAGAGGCAAUACUCACUAAAAGUAAGAGGAGGCAAAGUGUAGAGGUUUUGGAAAAUGAACUAGAUUUACAAUCUGUGCACUCAUCUUCCGUAAUUUCCUCAUCAAUUCCUCCCAAAAGAAAGAAAAAGAAGUUGAAGAAAAGCAGAUUAUCACGCACAAUUAUCUCUACGGAUUUUGAAUUCACCAAGGAAUCUGCUAGCUCUGCUGACGCUUCAGACUUUAAUCCACCCAACAGUAAGAAUCUCGAACGCAAUGCAAGCUCGCGAAAGAGAAAAUCAACAGAUAUUGAUGAGAAGUCCUCGCCAAAAGUCUCAGCAAAGAAGAAGAAGAAGCGGUUGACUGUUAUAGUCUCCUAG